AUGGAGUCUACCUUCCUCUAUCUUUCCGCCGUAGGCUGGUGUAGACUCUCACGUCGUAUACAUCAACAGAAGGGCACUUCCGUUCUGCCCUUGAUUCAAAUUAGCUUUGAGAAGGCCAAGAAGCUUGGCGAAGAAAAGCAGAUAACCGAUGAGGUCACCUUUGCUGAAAACCCUUCGCUAAAUGUUGCGAAGCUCUUUUCGCGUACAGUAAAAGCGAAGAGUAAAGGGCAGCUCCCGAUACUUCAAGGCGCCUUAAUAAACCCCAUAUUUGACGCUGAGUUGACCGCUGAUAGCUUUAAUGCGUUUCUAUCCAGAACGUUCAAUGAAAACUCGGUCGCUGCGCUUCCGACCAUCCGGCCUUGGACGGGUGCCGCCCUCGAAACUAAAGUUCUACCCUCUGGGACGUGA